GAUCAAUAAUUCUCUAUGCUGAAUUUAAUGAGCAAUAUGCGUGUGUUUCUGCUAGAAAGCUAACGGUUGCUUGCCACCAUGAAACCUUCACGCUGUUCUUUGCCUAGACGUUUCCAUCACUAUUCAUGCGAUGAUGCAAUCAUGUUCUUCUGGCUAAAAAUAGUAAAAGAAGAAAAAUAGGCGAAGGCUGUUUUUUGGCAGCAAAAGGAAAAGAAAAGGAGGGUCAUUUCUGGUGUAAGGAGGGUAGGAGAUUGAUUUAGAUCUCCAGAAGAUUAAAAACCAAAGCUGAAAGGGGAAAAAAAGAAAACAGAAGCAUGGCUAGGAAGUUUAAUUCAUGGUUUUAUCUCAUUUGCUUCUUCUUCAUGGCUGGACUUGCCACCUCUUCCUCCUUUAUUUCCAAUGAUGCACUUGAUGUUCAUGGAGGUUCUGGCCGUACCCUUCUCCAGAUGAAAAAAACCUGCAACGUAAGCUUUGAGAAUUUGGAUUACAGUAUCCUCACAGAUAAAUGCAAAGGACCCCAAUACCCAGCAAAAUCAUGUUGUGAUGCUUUCAAGGAAUUUGCUUGCCCUUUUAGCGAUGCCAUAAAUGACCUGGAAACUGACUGUGCCUCAACCAUGUUCAGCUACAUAAAUCUCUAUGGGAAAUACCCUCCUGGCUUGUUUGCCAAUGAGUGCAGAGAAGAUAAGAAUGGUCUUGAUUGCCAAAACGUGGACCAAUCCAAGAAAAGUGGAGGAGUUCAAAUUGCAGCUACUCAAUCCUCAUUGUUGACGCUCACAGCAGGGCUCAUAGUGUUGUUACUCCGAUUAUUCUAGAUGGUCAAGAGUGGAUAACCAUUCAUUUCCUAACUGUUACACCUUCCUGUCCCAAAGUAUUGCUUCAUCAAAUUGCGGUUCCACCAUCAUUGUUUUCUCCACCUUUGUGCUACAAUUUGGCAUUCUUUUAACUACUAAUUGGUGCAUAGUUCGCUAUCAGAUUCUUUCGACUUCGACAAGCCAUGUGCUGUUUUUAGUGUAAACAUGUGCAGCUAUGUGACAUUCAGAAGAAAUUCUUGAAUUAUUAAUGCUGGUGUAUCAUUGCUAUUGACUAAGUUCUACUGUCAAUUUGUUAAAUUGAAUUUGAGAGAAUAACAAUCUGCUAUCAAGCUGGGGUACUGAGAUUUGAUUUUUUCACUUGCCCCCUGACAUAAUUGAAGAUUCUGGUGUUAUGUCAA